AUGUACCUUGAUCUUGCUGAUACCGUCUUUCGUGCUUCCGUUUUGCAGAUCACCGAUCUCCCCGGUGGCAUUGCUGUCGUGCAAUGUGGAUUCGGUCGCAUUCACGUGUUCACUGUUCAAAAUCCGGAUGCUCUGAUUAACGCCGCUUUUGAGUGCGCCCAAAAUCAUCUUGGCUUGCAGCUUCGCCGAGCUCAGUUUCCACUCACCCGGGAAUAUUGCCGCGAGUUUCGUUUGGGAAAGGCAAGGCAAGUCGAUGGACGAAUUUUUAG